UAGGGACUCUCCUCUCCCACAUCACGCACGCCCUCUCCAUUUCACCUCACUCCUAACCCAUUCCCAUUUAUUACUCUGUUGAUUCUCUCUCUUUCUCUCUGUGUGUUUUUGUGUGAAGCCAUUUUCAGCUAUUGAAAUCUGAAGCCAUAGUUUCAGUUUUAUUACGAUAUAUGCCACCAGAAUUCCAAAAGGAAGAGGAAAAAUCAAGAACCCUAUUAUCAGAAUUGAUUUUUAUCAACUGGGCAUUCAAGAAUUUUCGAGGUUUUUGAAUAAAAAUGGUGAUGGAAGUGGUGCAUGAAGACGUGGGAGAAGGCAACAUGCCAUGUGCAGACCAUGCCUACAAGAACAGCACCCCAGGUGGAAUCUGUGCAUUUUGCCUCCAAGAAAAGCUUGGAAAACUUGUUUCUUCCUCUUUUCCUUUGGCCAUUUCCCCCUCUUCUUCCUCUUCUCCUUCUCCGUCUUUUAGAUCUGACUUUGGUGGUGGUGGUGGUGUCGGCGCCACCAAAGCUACCGCCGCCGUCUCAUCCCUUCAGGUCCGCUGCCACGUGUCUUCUUCAUCCACCUCUCGUGGUGUCAGUUACAGUAAUGCCCCUAGCAAUGACUGUAACUACAAUGGGUACUACACUAGGAGAUCAAGAUUGCCAUUUAUUUUAACACACAGGAAAAAGAAAAAAGACAGUGCAGCAAUGGCGGCAAGUUCAGAUCCUGCCCCCAUUAUUUUCAAGAGAAGCAAAUCUACCACUACUCCUAGAAGAGGUAGACAUUUCUUGGAUGAAAAUUUUUCUGAAGAAUAUGGCCCCCAUAAAUGGGGGUUUUGGUCAUUUCUUUACUUAUCAAGAAAUUCUAAUUCCAGUAUCAAGAAAUCUGAAUGGCCUUCAAAAGAUUCAAACUUUCCAUCAGCAACUGCUAGUUCUGUAAGCACUGCAGGAUCAAAAAGGGACAAGAAAACCAGGGAAUUCGUCGUAGUUGAAGAAAAUGAAAGCCCUGACGAUCAGGCUGCACUUGAUAGAAAAGUAUCAAGAUCUAGAUCUGUUGGCUGUGGGAGCAGAAGUUUUUCAGGGGAUUUCUUUGAGAGAAUUUCAACUGGAUUUGGUGAUUGUGCACUUCGCAGAGUGGAGUCUCAAAGGGAAGGAAAGCCUAAAAUUUCCUCAUCGAUGCAUAAAAAUGGUGUAAAUAAUAAUGGGCAAGUUUGCAUUAAAGAGAGAGUUAAGUGUGGUGGGAUUUUCAGUGGAUUCUCCACCAGCUCAUCUACAUCUUCUUCGUCGUAUAGGGUUUCAUCCUCAACUGAAGAUAAUGUAAAUGUCAAAUCAAAUUCAACAACACCAGCCAGUGUAAGAAAUCUUUCUCAUAAAAGGAGCAAAAGCUGGGGAUGGGCAUUUGCAAGUCCAAUGAGAGCAUUCAGCAAACCUUCUUUUGGAAAGAGGGUUUCUUCUGCAAAUAAGAAUGCUGUCCCAAAUUUGUCAGCAAUUCCUUCCUUGCUGACUGUGAGAAGCUAAGAAUCUGCUUUCUUGUUCUAUGUUUUACUAUGUUAUUACUCUAUGUAUGUUUCUCUGUGUUAAAUCUUUGUUCCGCUUAUGAUUAUGUAGUUAGUUCAUUGUUUUAGUGUCGUUUUUUGUU